CAGUCCGUUAGUCAGUAUAUUUGUAGACCGAAAAAUCGAUAGUGUAUCAUUUAGGCGUUAACAGCUUGCCACUGCUCCCCCAGUUGGAUCAGGAUCAGGAUCAGGAUGGAGAGGCGAAGACCCCGCAAGUCCUCGCGCCAAUACGUGCGCUCCAAGUCGAAUCCCUCCGUUGGCGGCGGAGGGGGAGGACUAGCAGAAGCCAACGGCCAGCCAGACGGUAAUAAAGCCUCCACCAUCACAUCCCUUCUGGGCGGCAGACUGCAGAGGGUAUCCCGCAUCGCCAGAGCUCCGCACAGCCUGCAAGUGACCGAGAAUCCAGAAGAAGGUGCGCCAGCAUUCGUGCCCGAUAGGGAAUCCGGCGCAUCGGAUGUGUCCGGUGUGAAUCCGGGCGUUAUGGUCAUUCCGGAGGCGGCCAGUCCCCGGGGAUCGGCGGUGCAUGGAGCACACGUUAGCCUGGUGUUCAGCACCACGGCCAGGGACUCGGAAAGUCCGCGCAUAUCGGAGGAAGUGACCGAGGUGUUCCGCACCUCCUCGCGCACCCCAUCCAAUACACCCACUGGGGGCAAUCUGCGCUUUGACUCCACGCCCGUUGGUCUGAACGACGGCGGGGCUGGCAACAUAAACUUCGCGCCGCAAUCCGUCUUCGAUCAGCACAGGUAUAGCAGCAUGAUAUCCAGCGAUGACAGCGUGGACAACCGAGGACAGAGCGGUCAGAGCGGUCAGAGCAUGGGAGCCUGCCGCCAUGGCUGGCAACAACAUCCGAGCGCCGCUGGACCGGGGGGCAGGGACACCCUGGGAUUCGCCAUCAAUCUGGGCACCACCACUUUGGGCCACGAGCGCUGCAGCCUGGGCGUGGCAUGCGACGAGGACUGUGGCUAUGGAACUGGCUGUGAUGCCGCCUGCGGCAUGGCCCAUGGCGUUGAUCCCGGCAGCUUUGUAUAUCCGGGCACGCUGGGCAAUGCACCUUUAGUAUUGGCACCCCCAUCCGGAGGCCCACCUGUACAUGGUGGGGGCUAUAAGCCAGUGGGCGCCGCCCAGCGUGGAUCCUUUGGAACGGAUUUCGGGAGCGAUCAGCUGAACUUCUUCAUUACCUUCCUGCUGGAGGUGCUCGGGGUGCUAGUUUUCUUUGCCAUCUGUACGAUCACAUUUUGGAUUACACUGGGCUACCACGUCGUCCAGUUGCUGGUGGACCUCAAGAACGCCGAUCGCAACGUUCAGGUGGCGGUGGCCAUUGUGUUCGGCCUGCUGCUGGUCGCGUUUGCCAUUUCGCAGGUGACCAACCUCAGUGGCUCCUGCUGCCACUCACGGGAUCGUGCCCGUUCCAGGGCCAAGGGUGGUGGUGGCAUUGGCUUCUUCCACAGGUCCAGCAAGUCCAAGGCCAAGACCAAGAGCUGCGCCUCCAAGACCAGGAGCUGUGCCCACAAGCCGAAGAUCAAGAAGGCAGCCAGUUGUGGACCCAGCCUGGGCGUCCAGUCGCACCGCAAGAUGCGUUACACGGAUUGCGAGGGACGGGCAAUUUUCCUGAGCUCCAGACGCUAUGCUAUACCCACUGAGAUGAAACAGCCGCCCACCAUUGUGCUCUGGAUGCGCGAUGCGCUGGCUCGCAUGAUGCAGUAACCACCGAGGACUCACGGCCCCACGUUGGGCGCCAAUAAGCAUGCAACUGACUUGAGACUGACAGGCGAGAGCUACACAUAUGUAUUGUCUGGACACACGAACCAUUCGACAAUUGGCAACAAAUUUCAAUUUGAAUAAACUUUAACUUAAUUAAUUUGCAGAAA